ACCUGCAGCAUCUCCAACAUGNCAUCCCAGGAGUUCGUAUCCCGCCUCCAGCGCCGCCUCGGCCGCCACCCUGAGGAGACGGGUGGUUUCCAGGAGGCCCCGUUGGCCUACGACGCCAUUUGGGCCUUGGCCUUGGCCCUGAACCGAACCGCCACCAACCUGCGGCAGCGCGGCCUGCGCCUGGAGGACUUCAACUACAACAACCGCAACAUCACCAACGAGAUCUACCGAGCGCUCAACUCCUCCGCGUUCGAGGGGGUCUCGGGCCACGUGGUGUUCGACGCCAGCGGGUCUCGCAUGGCCUGGACCCUCAUUGAGCAGCUGCAGGGUGGGUGCGGCCCCAUCUCCCCCUAUCUGCCCCCCAUCUCCCCCUAUCU